AUGAAAAUCGUGUACAAAUGGAAAUAUCUAGAUUAUGUUUGGGAUAAUCCGGAGCAUAAGGAAAACGCAAUAAAUUCUAGCAAUUAUAACGUUAGCACGUGCUUUUUAAACGAUGUAGAUAAAGCAGAUGACGGUAGAAUAUUUGCUACUGUACCAAAAAUGUUCAAUUUUGCUGUGCCAGCUAGUGUAGUGACAGUCAGUGAUAUAAUAGAAUCAGGGGGUCCACUUUUACAUCCUUAUCCAGAUUGGUCUUGGUAUAAUAAUAGUAAUAUGUGUGAUAAUAUUGUAAAUGUUUAUAUGAUUCACGUGUUUAUAUCCGACAUGAUAGGUUCCGGUUUAGUGAUUUAUGAUUCAUCUAAAAAUAGUUCAUGCAGAGUUGAAUCUGAUUUUAUGGGAGCGACCGACUACAUUAAUAUUACCAUAGCAAACCAAACUGUACCUUUUAUGGCCGACCUUUUCUAUAAUCCUUUUACGGAGAAAAAAGUAUAUAAGAUGAAAAUAAAGAAGCUACUAAAAUGUCCAGAUAAAGAAACGGCAAAUAAUCAAACUAAACUUGUGGGUGAAUUAUCAAUUCAGACAGGACCAUUAGCGUCCACAAAGUGUUCACUCUUUUUAAGCAAUUAUCUACAAAAUUCCAUUCAAGGCACGAACGCUUGUAAAAAAUUUUAUCCUAAGGAUAUGGUGGUCUUUGCACAAAAUGACAAAAAGUUGCAAAUUGUAACUGGAAUGAAAGCUCUACAGCAUCAUAAUGAACUGAUGGCGUUAUCAACUAUGACGUAUAUUACUUACCCUAAUGUGGCUUUUCCAGCUGGAAAAAUUUUAUUCUCCAACACCGCUUGGUUUGGUCUAUCAGAUGGACUACCACCACCUGAAAAUAAUCCUGGACAGCUUCACUUUUUACUUGGUCGUAAAAUUAAGUCGUGA